CCCACCAAAGGGAAUCACACUUGUAUUAAAAUAGGGUCUUAGAUGUACUGCCCCAUGCUCAAAUUUCUAAGCAGCCCCAACAACUAGUCAACAGGUCAGGAGCAGGUCACAUGACCAGGGACAGUUGGAGGGAUGACAGUUGGUCAGGACACAGUCUGAGGUAGCUGUGAGAGUGGAGGGCAUCUCUGACAGUGGAAAAUUCCAGUCAGAAAAUGGAGGUGCCACUGAGAGCAGCUGUGUGUGAGAGCCACUCAGUAAAAGUCUAAAAAGAGCUACACAGACAGCAGGACUAGUGUGAAGUCGAUUGUCCCAGACACCAGUUGGGAAUUUAGUAUUGUAGAAAGGGGUCGGACAUACCGCCUGGAUACCGUACCUACCUAGGCAGGUGUCACAUUUGGCGUUACACGAACAGGAUACGAACACAACAUGUCAUCUGAUGAACAAGCUACAGGGGCGUCAAAUACUCAUUCAACAAUGUCCAGCAUAAAUCCAAUUACAUUGCCCUAUUACUUUGGGGCCCAAUGGCUUCCAACAUAUAAUGGAGAUGUCGAAGGUUCUGAAGGGAACACCUUAACAAACUUUAAAAACAAAAUGAAAUCAAUGUUCCGCUUAUACCCACUGAGUAAACAACAGCAAGUGGAGAUCCUGAUAGGGCAGCUGAAAGGCACAGCUCUGAGAGAGGUGACUUCCUGGCCAGCUGAAGAAAGACAAACUGUAGGUCUUAUCCUGAACAGAUUAGCUACCACAUUUGAUAAGAGAACUUUGUCUGAUCUUAAGGUGGCCUUUUACUCAAGAAAGCAGCAGAAAGGAGAAACACUGCGUGACUUUGCACUCAGUUUACAGGAGUCACUUCGAGCACUACAGGCCAUCGAUCCAGCAGAAAUUCGACCAACAGAUGAAAUAUUGAUUAAUCGGUUUAUAGAGGGUUCCCAUGGUGAGAUAGUGAAGGCGUAUUUACGCCUCCUUCAGCUACAGUUACCAACUAGUUCAUUUUUAUGUUUCAAAGAAGCUGCCAUUAAAGUGGUAGGGACAUUACAGAGGCAAGAAAUGUCCUGUCCUGAUAUGUUGGGGUACAAAGAGAAGAAAUACCCUCCAGAGAGCACAAUGCAGGAAAUCAUAGAUCUGCACACACAGGAAGAAGCUGCUGUACAGGGUGCUCAGACGUCAAGGACUGAUCUAUUAAGUAUGAUAGGGGUGCAAGUCGCUGAACUGACCCAUGGAAUAACUGAAAUGUCACAACAAUUGUUGUAUUUCAUGCAGCAACAAGAAAAGUAUAGAGGAGAGACAAACUGGAGCAUUGAUGAAGGACAGCCCAGUGAUGUAAACCUUCAUCCUGUUGUCCAGAAUGAUAUUGAAGUUGUUGCAAUGCCAGCUAGAGAUUCAGAGUCUGAAGUUAGUGAUAGAAAAGUUAUGGGGAAAGUUGUUUGGUUUAAUGUGCAAUAUGGCUAUGGCUUUAUAAAUCGGCAUGACACCAAGGAAAAAUUAUUUGUACAUUAUACUGCCAUAAAGAAGAACAACCCCAAUAAGUAUUUCCGAAGCCUGGAUAGAGGAGAAACAGUUGAGUUUGAUGUUGUGAAUGGAGAAAAAGGUCUGCAGGCAGCUAAUGUAACUGGUCCUGGUGGUGUUCCAGUGCAAGGCAGCAAACAUGCAGCAAAUCACCAGCAUUAUUGGCACUAUUCACAUCGCAAAGGUCCUCUCCAUGACUAUCAGCAAAGCUACCAAUACAGUAAAGGUGGAGAGGAGCGUGAAGAAGCAGAAAAUGUGUCAGAAAAUGCAAAUCAACCACAGCCUGAUUGGACAAAUCACUACCCACAAUACUGUCCAAGGAGACCAUAUGGACGCAGACAACAAUCUCCUGAUGUUCAAAGUCAGAGUGAAUUAUUGCAAAGAACAGCUGAUCAUGAUUUUGAAGAACAAAGAAAAUGGAUGCAUCAAAACCUGCAAAAAGUUAUCAGACCACAACUUCCUCAAGAGCCACUAUAUCAGGGUAGACCCAGAAUGGAUGACACCCAUUCAAUUGCGGUCCGCCAAUGUCAAUCAAGGGUGUGUGCUACAGAUUGUCCAGAAGAUACUGAAAGAGUUACCGACUCAGCCAUAGCAGAGAGGUUGGGGUUCCCUGAACAGAAUUGCCUGGAUUCUGUCAUGCAAAGGUUGAAUUCUACUCUUCCAGAGGAAUCAUAUAAUGUAGUGAAAGAGCCCUCAAUUUCUGUUCCUUCAGAGCAUAAAUUCACAAACAAUGAAUAUACUGACAUGAGCUCCAGUGAGAUAGCAUUAAUUAUGCAGUAGGUUUUGAGAAAAUCAGCAAGGAGGAACAUACAGUAGGUGCUCCAUUUAUUCAGCAUAGAUAUUAGUCUGAGAAUAGACGUUUAGAAAAGGUAUUGUUCUUACCUCAUGUUCAAAAGUUGAAUAGCUAAAUUGUUUUCCUUGUACAAAAAUGUGAGAUUGUUCUUUAUUGGACUUUAAAUAUUGCCUGUUGCGUGAGGACACGCAAAAUUCAAGUGGGGUUGUAUGUGAUACCCACCAAAGGGAAUCACACUUGUAUUAAAAUAGGGUCUUAGAUGUACUGCCCCAUGCUCAAAUUUCUAAGCAGCCCCAACAACUAGUCAACAGGUCAGGAGCAGGUCACAUGACCAGGGACAGUUGGAGGGAUGACAGUUGGUCAGGACACAGUCUGAGGUAGCUGUGAGAGUGGAGGGCAUCUCUGACAGUGGAAAAUUCCAGUCAGAAAAUGGAGGUGCCACUGAGAGCAGCUGUGUGUGAGAGCCACUCAGUAAAAGUCUAAAAAGAGCUACACAGACAGCAGGACUAGGUUAGUGAAAGCCGCAUGUCGCACAGCCUGUCAUGAUUGUUCCUACACCAGUUUAAACCAGUAGGCAUGGUCAAGCAAUAGAGCGCUGCAUAGGAACUCUCUCCCAGGUCCCUGUACUGAACUGGCCAUAUAGCACUCUCCUAUGGACAGCUAUAGCUUCAUCCCACGUAACAGAGGCAAAGAGUUUUUGAGCUGCAUCAUACUACUUCAGUAUCCCCGAUUAUUGGAACAUGAUAACCCUUCUACGGACAGCUAACACAGUGUUAUAAAGCGACAGAAUAGUUGCACAGCGGUAGAAAGAGGUAUACAAAGUAUCAGCUGCAAGGCUUGAGUCAGCAAGAGCGGCUACAGACUAGGUACAAGGACAAGCUAACGGACUCACCGGCACAGAGUAAUCUUCCCUCAGAAUCAGCACUAACCCGUAGGGUGGACCGCAUGCCAGUCGGGAACAAUUAAUUUCUGUACUCGGAUUUGCCUGAUAAGGUUAGCCGUUAACCAACAGAUUAAGUCCCCUGUUGAACUGUGGUGUAACACCUCCACGCUGAGUCUACUACUCACCUCCCCGACUCUCACAGUGACUUGUCACAUUUCUAGAUAUAGACCGUGGAACUAGUCAGGAUAAGGUACCCAUUGUGCACCAAUGCUACAUUGAUCAGCUGAACUUUAAGGGUGAACUAGUUGGGUUAUACACGGUACCGUGCAGGGCAAAGGUAACUGAAAUUGUACUGAUUGUGUAAUAACGUGCAGUGUAAUAAAAAGUUCAUUAUUUCGCAGUGUGAAGUCGAUUGUCCCAGACACCAGUUGGGAAUUUAGUAUU